CGUGUGGGUUGGGAACUGGAGAGAGCGCGUCGUCUCGCUUGGGGCCCUCCAUGCCAGAGUUCUCGCUUUCAUCGCGCGGGUCUUCAUGUUCAGUGCAUCUUUGCUGGUGUGCUGCCUUCUGCUGCAGAGGAACCUUGCGACCACAGAGGGGCAUCAUGGGACCAACCGCCACAUCUUCUAUGCCAUCCAAAUGAAAGGAGGCACCGAAACCGUCCGAGCUCUAGCCGAGCAACACGGGCUGGAGUUCAUACAGCGGGUUGGCAGCCUGGAGGGCCUGUACACCCUGAGAGACAGCAGGGGGCGCCCUGAUAGAGUCGCCUUUGAGGGGAGACUUGUGACUGCAGCAGGGGUUCUCUGGGUGCAGAGGCAGCGCAGUCAUUACAGAGACAAGCGGGUUCCCCUGAUGGGACUACACUAUGAUCUGACAAAAAGUUCCCAGAGGAAACAGUCUCCAGCUGGCAGCCCAUCUGAGGAGAGAAAGGAUGACCAGUCCCUUGCUUUCAACGACCCACUCUGGCCCAUGCAGUGGGAACUGUUUGCACAGGGUGAAUACAACUCCAAUGGGUUUGACCUGAAUGUGAUGCCAGUUUGGAGAAACAACAUAACUGGCAAUGGAGUGGUCGUCAGCAUCAUUGAUGAUGGCGUGGAUCACACAAAUAAGGACCUGACGAAAAACUUUGAAGCUCUUGCCAGCUUUGACCUCCGUGCCUCGCAUGGUCUGUCUCAUGAUCCGAUGCCUGUCAGAGAUGAGGAGAACAGUCACGGUACACAUUGUGCCGGGGAAGUUGCUAUGGAGGCCAACAACUCCUACUGCGGUGUGGGCAUCGCCUUCAAUGCCAGGAUAGGAGGUAUCCGUUUGCUGGAUGGCAAUGUCACUGAUGCCAUGGAGGCCACAGCUCUGACCUAUAACAUGCACUUUAUUGACAUCUACGUCUGUAGCUGGGGCCCGCGGGACAACGGGGCAGAGAUGGACGGGCCGCACCACCUGACAGAGCGAGCACUCCGGCUAGGAACUCACAAGGGCCGACAUGGGAAGGGCAGCAUUUUUGUGUGGGCGGCAGGUAAUGGUGGAAUGCAGAAGGACCACUGUGGUGCAGAUGGGUAUGUCAACUCCAUUCAUACCAUCGCUAUUGGAGCGAUCACUCAGACUGGGAAGCCUGCCUACUUCGGUGAACCCUGCCCUGGAGUGAUGGCCGUCACUUUGACAGGGGCCAGCAUGGGAGACUCACUACCUUUGGUAACUGUGACCAACAUUGGUGAUGGUUGUGUCACACACUUUCCAGGAACCUCCAGUGCUGCUCCGAUUGCUGCAGGGAUUAUAGCUCUUGCCUUGGAAGUGAAUCCGGUUUUGACGUGGAGGGAUGUUCAACAUCUGAUUGCCAUGACAGCCAAGGUCCCUGACCCCAAAGAGCCGGGCUGGACCAUCAAUGCAGCAGGAUACCAUGUCCACCAUAGAUAUGGUUUUGGAGUAUUAGACGCUGGGCUGAUGGUACAGCAGGCUGCACUGUUCCGCAGUGCUGCUCCACAACGGAAGUGCAUGCAAAACGUCUCAUUUAAUCCUGCCAGAUUUUUCUCUGCUGGAGGCCAAGUGAGCAUCAACAUUGAAUCUGAUGCCUGCCAAGGGACAGCUAAUGAAGUCAACACUUUGGAGCAUGUGCAGGUAAGAGUGAGUAUUACCGCACCAUGUCGUGGAGACCUGUCCAUAAGUCUGGAGUCUCCAGGUGGCACAGUGUCUCUGCUGCUGGACACUCGGGCCAAUGACGGCUCAGCUGCUGGCCUGAAGAAUUGGACCCUGAUGACGGUGCACUGCUGGGGAGAGCAGCCACGAGGCCUGUGGACCCUUAAGGUGACUGACCAUAAAGGCCAUGUGUGGAGCUGCGAGAGGCCGAGUGAGGAGGAGGUUGCAAGAGCUUUGCUUAGCACUACACUCAUCCUGUAUGGCACCCAUGACCCUCACAAGACCAUGCUCGAGGGGCCCCUCCAGAGCAUUGUGUCCAUGGGGUGGCGUCACCCCGUCCCUCAUGGUGGGUUGUACCGGAGGGACAGUUCCCCUCCUCUGGAUCUGCUUCAGUGGGUCUACCAAAUGGAGAGAGACAGGAAAGUUGGUGCAGGCGACAUCGGUUUGCCAACCAAAUACAAGGUGUUGGAAACUACAGAAGACAGAAUGACGAACAUGAGCCUCAUCCAGCCCCUGCCAUCGAGGAAGGCUUUAAAGCUCGAUCCCACAGAUGUUGUGCAGAUGUCCUCCCUAAGACCCAGACCUGUUCCUAGGAUGAAAACAACACCUAAAGGAAGGAGAUGGGGAGACAGAGCUGAUCCUUACCAUCGCAAAAUGCAAAGGUUUCACCAUGAAGAAGGGGCAACUAUUGGGCCCUCCACUAGGUGAAAGCUCUGUGAGCAGGAAAGCAGAGGGUGGGGUUUGGUGUAGGAGGUUGAAGACACAACAUAAAACAUUGUUGAAUAAACACUGUUGUUUUCCUUUGUGCAGCAAGCCAAUUGAUCACAAAUCGAUUUGUGUACUGCAUUUUUACUGUGUGAUCCCAGUGUCAGCUGUGAUUAUUGCUUGUGAAUUCUUAACCCAGUCCCUCUCCCACCUGCCUAGAUGCACACAAGCAAGUAAAUCCCCCCCGCCCCAACUCCAAAAAAAUAGCAAAUAGUUUCAGGAAGAGGUUUCAGCGCUCAUUUCGGCUCCUCAGUUCCCCUCUGCAAGUUGCAAAGGGUUAGCAAGUGAUAUGUUUGUCUUUUUCCACUUCAAUGAAGGGUAAAUUCAGCUCAGUGCAAUAAGAAAUGGAUUAUCCGUUCAUUAAGGGGCCUGCGUCACUCCUCAUUGAGCUGGACAAAUAAAUUAAUUCCUAGCCGCCUAAUUUCUCUCUGUUCUCUGCUGAAUUUUCGAUAGCGUCGAAUUACUGAUCACAGUUGCGUGAGCUGCCUCAACUUUUUAUCAAUUGGUUAAAAAUGUGCCACAGUAGAGAUGCAGUGGAGGAAAAUAUCUUCCUCUUUUUCUGCUGCAUGUUUCCCUUAGUGCCACAACACAGGAAAAACAGAAAGUGGGUGAGAUAUUUAAAUAUAACGUUAGAAGAAAAAGUCAUUUUUACUACUAUCAUGGUAUUUUAUUAGCACAUCUCAAUCUUCUUUUAUCAGUCAAGUGCAGGUCAGUUGCUCAUGGUGUUUUGUAAAGUAGCAGUGGUGUAUUGACAGGCUGGUAUUGAUGUUUCAAUUAGAGCAGUGUUACAUCGGGCUGCAGCUUGGUAGCAUGGUGCGUCUCCUGCCAUCUGCUCUGUUUCCACGUCUGACGAACGAGGCACGUGGGGCUAAUCGAGCCGCACAUGAGCGAUGGCACCGUGAUAUCUGUCUCACACACACAAACGCACACAUCCUAUGUGCACGUCCUUAUGCAGAAAAAUGGUGCUGAGGAGUGGAAGAGCUCCUCGGCCCCGCUGUUUAAACAGUCCCACAGAAAAGCUUGCGUUUCCUCCCUUUUCUCACCUCGCUUGUGCCGCAGAAGCAGCCAGCAGGUUAUUUCUCCAACAAGGAUUCAGGCUAAAGCACCAGAUGCACGAGAUGAAAUUCUUCAAAAGCUCAUCUUGAUGAAAAGACAAGAAAAGGAAAUGGAUUGUUCCAGGUUUCUCUGCACUGGGACAGCCUGAAAUAACAGUGUGCAUUAUGCCUGGCGUUACUGCCUGCCAAACCACACGAAUCAAAGGCCUCAUUGUGUGGAUUACCUCGUUAAUCUGCUGAUGCCAUUGAGCAGUAUUGCAGGUGCUAAUGUGCCAGAUUUUUUCUCUCUCUAUCUCUCUCUCUCUUCUUUUAUUGGGGAGGUGUAGCGUCAUGUUUGUAAUCUGCUUUAAAUGCUUUCUGGGGAAUGACACACUGAAAUUCUGCCAAGAGAUUGCAAGUAGCUCUCUGUUAAAACGGCACAGGGAGGGGAUGCGGCGCUGAAGCCUGUUGGGACGAGCUGGUGAGCUGCACGCCCCACACCACUUGUUGAAAUAUAGGGCUGCAUGAAUAAUGAAAGAGGGAGAGGAAAGCGAUAUUGCUAAAGCAGUCCCACAAUGACAUCCAUCAUAGUAAUGCCCCAUUGCUCUGCUUCUUUUGUCUCAUCUUGCACUAACUCCAAGUUGCGUCUCUUUGGAGAAGCGAGCCCAGAGUCGGGCUCUGUAUCUGCCUGGGCUGAUAGAACGGAAGAGGGGAAGCAAAAAGAGAUAGAUAAGUGUAUGUGAAAGAGUGAAAGAGAGAAAAGUGGAGAAAGUGAGACAGAAAGAGAGGUAAUCCAUGCCUCUUUUCUGCUCCCCGGGGUGGUCUCUUCAUCUAGGGCCUCAAAGAGCGACAGAAUACACCUCCCUGCUACAAUGGAGGGGACCCACAGGGGCUGUUGCUAUUUGAGUGUGUAUGUGUGCGUAGUGGGGGUGCAGCUUUAAGCAGGCCUUUGAGUGGUCUAAUUGCAUUGGAAUACAGCAGUCUGAGAGCUGGCUCAGAUCACGACGGGCUGCUUGAGGGGUUAGCACCCGCACCUCGACAGCCACACUCAGCAAAAGAGCCCCGGCACAAAGCGCACAAUUAGAGCUCUCCCUCUCGUUAACUCUCUCCCCACUUUUUGUCCUCUCCCACUUUUUCUCUCAUCCCCCUCCUCAUAACUCAGUCUCCUCUCCAUCUUCUGCUCCUCCAUCCAUCCCUCCUUCCCACCUCCUGACCGAGCGGCUCAGUAUGUCGUCAUUCACCCACUGUAUUAAUCCUCCCAUGCAGCCUGUCAUUCUCCCCAUCUUUGAUGCACACAACAAUUACAGUAAAGAUGAAAGGCGUGGGUCUGCCGCUUCCCAUUAUGUAAGACUUUAAACGGACCAAAAACUUUUAGCAGCAAAUAAAAAUGUGACGUGUGCUGGUUCACACAUGCUGUUCUGAAACAUUGGAUGUGGAACGAAUAAAAAGAGAAAUGUAUGACUAUAUUUUAAAGUUACAAUUUAAAGUUACAAGUAAAGUUAUUAAGAUCUUUGCUUUUGUUUCUGCUGUUUGCAAAGUUGUAGCAUAGAGCACUAGGCUAUUUAGCAUUUAAACUAAGAAAAGUGGCUGUUAGAAUUUAACCAAGAAAACAAAAAUUGUAUUUUGGUAGAUUUUAACAAAUAUUGCUGAAUUUGAGUUAUGUAAGUUUAACAAAUAAAGGAGAGAUUAGUUAAAUCCCAACCAAAUAUUUCCUUGAAUUGUAAUCACUGUGAUUGUGCCUAAAAGGAAACAAAACGUAAGAAUUGGUUUGUGAUGAUUAAGGCAGAAAUCGUUACUGAAAUAGUAAUAAACCUUUGUAUAACAAGUUGGUAUGCAAACAUUUUCCAUGACAACCUCAGCUAAGAUGUGUUUAUGAAGGUCAACUUGUUUGCAACUUUUCUUUAGCAUUAGUGCUCUCGCUGAAGCGGCAUGUAAACUUAAAUUCUUGAAACUUUUCAACCACAAGUUUUAUGAAAAUUGAUACAUUAAUUUAUAAUAGAGCUGAAAUAAAUUAGCCUUAUGCUCUCUGCUGGACACCACACAUAACAAAUAACUAAUCCAGCUUCUCCAGUUAAUUCUAAACAAGAUGUUUAGACAGGGUUUGUUACGACGUAGCAAAUAACGUAGGCAAUGUUGUUAGAGUUUUGCCAUUAUUGCGUUUUGGGUUAAUGUAUAACUGUUUCCUUCAUUCCUUCUUUCAACGACAGCUCAGUCAUUUUAAUAGUUAUUGCAGACAUUACUGGUGAAAAUGAUUAUCAGUACACUUAUCAAUUAGAUUAUUUGUCUGAUUCCAGAACCUUAGAUAUGAAUAUUAACUAAUUUUCCUCAACUAUAACUCUAACCUUCCUUUGUUUGGGCUUUAGAUAUUAUGUUUAACAUCUUUAAUAUGAAUAAUAUUUUCUAUUUAGGUUUUAAGAAAUGGGAAAAAAACAUGUUAAAAUUUUGUAAACAACCUCUCCAUUAUUUUAACAGGUCUUAGAACCGAGCCUCUGAAGUCAGUCUUAAGGAAUAUUUUUAUUAUUCUGCUACUUUCUCUCCAUUGUAUUAGUAAAAGUCUGCAUUCUGAACAGCUUAACGUAGUGUUAGAGUCUUUUUGUGGAGUUCACAGACCAACACACUCUAAUAGCUCUAUGUUCAAACUGCGCUCAUCUUAAAAUCUCUGGACUGACUGUGUGAGGAAGUCAGUGAUUUUGAAAACAUAUUACAUUUAACCAGCCCCCGCCUUUGAUUUCCUUUAUUACCCGAGCCAUGUCUUAAUAAAAUCUAAUUAUUUCCACUCGUAGGACGUUUUCGGGUGAGAAACUGGCAGAGGGAUGUGAGCUGAUGUAUGGGGGAGACGGUCGCCUAAUUAGAGCAUUAGAAAUUGAAUCUUUACAGCGCACGGGUCAUAUAAUUAUCCUACUGUUAAUUUAACGCUUACAUUCCCUACCAUUCACUUCACUCCCUUAAAUGUAGUUUGGCAGCAGCUCAGCAGCCAGUGCACGAAAGGAGGCCCCCAUCGUUGGCCCUUCCGAGCGACUGAGUAACAGCGGACCCUGCAGUCCAAAUAACAAGGCUUGCAUCAUUUAUGCAUUGUUAAGCCAUGUAAUUGAAACGAGCCGUAGUUUGCAUAUUACACCAUUAAAAUAAUGUGUUUUGCGUUUCUCCCAACACGACUAUUUAAGCCUGUGUGGCGAUGUGGUAAUUCCUCGAAUUACAGCCUAAUUACCACAAUGUUCUUUUGAUUUGGCCGAUUUCAAUGUUACGCCACAAUAAUGUGGAAUAUUAGCAGAAUGAAUGACUGAGCCGUGCCCGGGAACUUUUCACGGCAUAGCCUAAAUCCUGGUGGCUGCAUGAGCUGUCAGUGCAGCUGGAGUCACAUCUACCAUAUAAAUAAUUAUUAGCCUAUGAAAUGAGAUCCAUUAAAGGCCCAAUCACAAAUCUUUCAUUAAAAAGCUCAGCUUUACAUGGAAUAGGACCGUUUUGUGUGUUACUCUCUUGAUCCUCAUUAUCCACUUUAAAUCACUGUGUAUUACUGAUGUAAACAUUGUAGUGAUGUCUAUGCUUGUUACAACAAUUUACAUUAUUUAUGACAAGUAAACUUACAAAAUGUUAGCAUUUUUUGUCAUUUUUUGCCACCAUGUGCCUUUAAAAUAAUAGUGUAGUAAACUUAGUAAAUUAUAACACAAUUUUAAUAUAGCUAACCUUUUAAAGAUUAAUACAAUAAAUAAUAGUUAGAAAAUAAUUUUUUAAUUUGAAGUUUUUAUGUGAUGCGUCAGACAAAACGAAAAGAAAGUUGAAUAAACGCCUUCGAUAUAUCUA